UCCUAACAGAUCAGUCAUUGGCAUCAUGAACUGGAAUAAAGGUGGCCCUGGCACUAAGCGGGGAUUUGGCUUUGGAGGUUUUGCCAUCAGUGCUGGUAAGAAGGAAGAACCCAAACUUCCCCAGCAGUCCCACAGUGCCUUUGGGGCACCCAGCUCUUCUUCUGGGUUUGGAAAGUCAGCUCCACCACAGCUCCCUUCUUUCUACAAAAUUGGAUCUAAACGGGCCAACUUUGAUGAAGAAAAUGCAUAUUUUGAAGAUGAAGAAGAGGACGCUAGCAAUGUUGAUUUGCCUUACAUUCCCGCAGAAAACUCACCAACCCGCCAGCAAUUCCAUUCCAAGCCAGUAGAUUCUGACAGUGAUGAUGAUCCCUUGGAGGCAUUCAUGGCUGAAGUGGAGGAUCAGGCAGCUAGAGAUAUGAAGAGACUGGAAGACAAAGACAAGGAAAGAAAAAAUGUAAAGGGUAUUCGAGAUGACAUUGAAGAGGAAGAUGACCAAGAAGCUUAUUUUCGCUACAUGGCAGAGAAUCCAACGGCUGGUGUGGUUCAGGAGGAAGAGGAAGACAACCUGGAAUACGACAGUGAUGGAAAUCCCAUUGCGCCUUCCAAAAAGAUCAUCGAUCCUCUUCCUCCCAUUGAUCACUCAGAAAUUGACUAUCCACCAUUUGAAAAAAAUUUUUACAAUGAGCAUGAAGAGAUAACCAACCUCACUCCACAGCAGUUAAUAGAUCUCCGGCAUAAGCUCAAUCUUCGGGUCUCUGGCGCGGCACCCCCUAGACCAGGAAGUAGCUUUGCUCAUUUUGGGUUUGAUGAACAACUUAUGCACCAGAUUCGAAAAUCUGAGUACACACAGCCCACUCCAAUACAAUGCCAGGGUGUACCUGUGGCAUUAAGUGGCAGAGACAUGAUUGGUAUUGCCAAAACAGGCAGUGGGAAAACUGCAGCCUUUAUCUGGCCCAUGUUGAUUCAUAUAAUGGAUCAGAAGGAGCUAGAACCAGGUGAUGGACCAAUUGCAGUGAUUGUGUGUCCUACCAGGGAGCUUUGCCAGCAGAUCCAUGCAGAAUGUAAGCGGUUUGGAAAAGCAUAUAAUCUUCGAUCAGUGGCCGUGUAUGGUGGAGGGAGCAUGUGGGAGCAGGCCAAGGCCCUUCAGGAAGGAGCAGAGAUUGUUGUGUGUACUCCAGGUCGACUGAUUGAUCAUGUGAAAAAGAAAGCCACCAAUCUUCAAAGAGUCUCUUACCUUGUAUUUGAUGAAGCAGAUCGAAUGUUUGACAUGGGAUUUGAGUACCAGGUUCGAUCCAUAGCAAGUCAUGUUCGUCCUGACAGACAGACUCUCUUAUUCAGUGCAACUUUUCGGAAGAAGAUUGAAAAGUUGGCCAGAGACAUCCUGAUCGACCCUAUUCGAGUGGUGCAGGGAGAUAUUGGCGAGGCAAACGAAGAUGUGACACAGAUUGUGGAGAUUCUCCAUUCCGGGCCUAGUAAAUGGAACUGGCUUACUCGGCGUUUGGUGGAGUUUACCUCUUCUGGGAGUGUCCUCCUGUUUGUUACUAAAAAAGCCAAUGCUGAAGAGCUAGCCAGUAACCUUAAGCAGGAGGGCCAUAACCUUGGACUGCUUCAUGGGGACAUGGAUCAGAGUGAGAGAAACAAGGUCAUUUCUGACUUUAAGAAAAAGGACAUCCCCGUCCUGGUGGCCACAGAUGUUGCAGCCCGUGGUCUGGACAUUCCUUCAAUUAAGACUGUAAUUAACUAUGAUGUGGCACGAGACAUUGAUACCCAUACUCAUAGAAUUGGCCGCACGGGAAGAGCAGGUGAGAAGGGUGUGGCCUAUACCCUACUGACUCCCAAGGACAGCAAUUUUGCUGGUGACCUUGUCCGGAAUUUGGAAGGAGCCAAUCAGCAUGUUUCCAAGGAACUUCUAGACCUGGCAAUGCAGAAUGCCUGGUUUCGGAAAUCCCGCUUCAAAGGAGGGAAAGGGAAAAAGCUAAACAUUGGUGGUGGAGGCCUGGGCUACAGGGAGCGACCUGGCCUGGGCUCUGAGAACACGGACCGAGGAAAUAAUAAUGUCAUGAGUAAUUAUGAGGCUUACAAGCCAUCCACGGGAGCCAUGGGGGAUCGACUGACGGCCAUGAAAGCAGCUUUCCAGUCACAGUACAAGAGUCACUUUGUUGCGGCCAGUUUAACUAAUCAGAAGGCUGGAAGCUCUGCUGCUGGGGCAAGCGGAUGGACUAGUGCGGGGAGCUUGAAUUCUGUUCCGACUAGUUCAGCACAGCAGGGUCAGAGCAGCCCCGACAGUCCCAUCGCCAGUGCCGCCAAGGGCAUCCCAAGCUUUAGCAGUACUGGGAACAUCAGCGCUGCCCCUGUGACCUACCCUUCUGCUGGAGCCCAGGGAGUCAACAACAAUGCAGCUUCAGGGAAUAACAGCCGAGAAGGCAUUGGGGGAGGCAAUGGGAAGAGAGAGAGAUACACUGAGAACCGGGGUGGCAGCCGUCACAGUCACGGCGAGAGUGGCAGUCGGCAUGGCGAUAGCCCACGUCACGGAGAUGGUGGGCGCCACGGGGAUGGAUACCGCUACCUGGAAGGCAGCAGCCGUCACACUGAUGGCCAUCGGCAUGGGGAAAACCGGCAUGGAGGAAACGCAGGCAGGCAUGGGGAUAGCCGGGGUGCAAGCGAUGGUCGGAACGGGGAAAGCAGGAAAGAAGGUUGUAAUCGUGAGAAGACGGACCCCAAGGUGGACAGUGGCAAAGUGGACAAGGCAGACAGCAAGACAGAAAAGCCGGCCGAUGGCUUUGCUAUCCCAGAACCGCCCAAACGCAAGAAGAGUCGGUGGGACAGUUAGAGGGUAUGUGCUGAAGUGUGGGAUCAGUUGUCGUUAAUUUUAUUUUUAGAUUUUGGUAACUAGGUGUCUCAGGACUGGGCCAGGGUCCAAGGUGUAAGGACCCCCUGCCCCUAGGGGAGAGCUGGAACUUGGAGACAUCACCCCUUCAUCUGAAGGAAUUUUCAGAUGUUUUCUUGGGAAGUUACUUUGGUCCCUGGAAGCAGUGAGAACAGAGAAGUCACUUGUGGUCCUGGGUGAGUUGUCAUGAGGGUAAGUUGAGGUUACCUUGGGAGAAAGGGCCUUCUAGGGCACAAAACUCACUCUAGGUUUAUAUUAUAUGUAGCUUAUAUUUUUUACUAAGAUGUCACCUUAUAAACAUCUAUAAGUCAGUUCUUUUCUUAGUUGUGUGGCCAGGCAGUUCCCCUUGAGUUGGCUUCUGCAAACCCAGUCCUUUGAGCUGUUGGGAAGCAAUUGGUGGUUCUGAUGUUUGCAGGGAAGGGAGAUGACUGGUACUAAAUGAGAGCUGGUACUUGGCUUCCUGGCCAGGUUUGUGUCCAGCCCUGAGACAACAUGUUGGAAGGAGCAGCCUUCCAGACCCAGAGCCACUGCGACUGGGGGGGGACGAUCCUGGGAGUGGCUCCAGGGUGGCUCCCACUCUGAGUGAUGCUCAAUUUAAAAUUAAAAAACAAGAAACCCAAUAACAGCUUUUAAAGUGUCUUCUAUUUCAUUGUGUGUUUUUUUUUUUUAAUUCGCCCCAAUGGUAGGAAAAUCUUUUGCUGAAAUGAUUUUGAUGAUUUUUGUUCUAUCUUGUUUAUAAAAGGAAACUAUGCGAACUUUGAGUGUUGUGACUUUGUGAGGGUUUCUUUAAGAUGUGCAUCCUUUCUGCCUGCUCUCUAGUAAAGGUUCUACUGCUGGGA